CACAGAGAGAGAGAGAGAGAGAGAGAGAGAGAGAGAGCGAGCGAGCAACAAGCCAGCGCCAAGAUGGCGGACCUGGGCAAGAAGUACUGCGUGAACUGCCUCGCGGACGUUACGAACCUGCGGUUGCGCUGCACCGACUGCCCGGACAUCGAGCUGUGUCCCGAGUGUUUCUCCGCCGGCGCGGAAAUCGGAAAUCACCGGAGAUGGCACGGUUACCAGCAAGUGGACGGCGGCCGCUUCACUCUCUGGGGUCCCGAGGCUGAGGGAGGAUGGACCAGCAGGGAAGAGCAAUCGCUGCUCGAUGCCAUCGAACAGUAUGGUUUCGGCAACUGGGAGGACAUGGCAGCCCACAUGGGAGCCUCCCGGACACCUCAGGAGGUGAUGGAGCAUUACGUGACUAUGUACAUCCACGGUAACCUUGGGAAGGCGUGUAUCCCUGAGCUGAUCCCGAACCGUGUGACGGAUCACACGUGUCCGGGCGGGGCACCUCUUUCCCCGAGCCUUACUGCGCCCCCACCGCCGCUGGAGCUCACGCCGGCUGAACAGCAGCAGCUCGGCUACAUGCCGCUUCGUGACGACUACGAGGUGGAAUACGAACAGGAGGCGGAGCUGCUCGUUAGUGGCUUGUCUGUGAACUACGAUGACGAGGACGUGGAACUGGAAAUGAAGCGCGCACACGUGGAUAUGUACGUGCGAAAGCUACGCGAGCGCCAGCGUCGGAAAGACGUCGCCCGUGACUACAACCUCAUAAACGCCUUCCUUGGCCGUGAAAAGAAGGACAAAGGGAGUGGAGGUGCAGGUGCUGGCUUGGCCCCGCCUAUUGUGGGUUCAACAUCAUCGGGUUCCGGGAAGCGCAAGAUCACGAAGGAGGAGCGUGAGCAACGGACAAAAUUACGUGCGAUCUGCCAGUUCAUGGCGUUCCGGGAAUUCGAGGACUUUUUUGACAACAUGCACAAGGAACGCAUGCUACGUGCCAAAGUGCGUGAGCUCCAGCGCUAUCGGCGCAACGGCAUCACACGUCUCGACGAGUCGGCCGAGUACGAGGCAGCGCGGCACAAGCGCGAGAAACGGAAAGAAAACAAGAGCUCCAAGAGAGGCAGUGGAGGCGGAGGUGGUGGAGGAGCUGGGAUUGGAAUCGGAGGUGGCGCGAACUCUGGAAGCGGAGCCAAUUUAGGGGGCGGAGCCAGCACCAUCAAAGAGGAAGGAAAAGACGGUGAAUUCUCAGCCAUUGAGCACUUACCUGGAUUCGAGCUGCUUUCUGAUCGUGAGAAAGUGCUGUGCAACUCGCUGAACUUGAGUCCGACUCGAUAUUUGACGGUCAAAACUAUCAUAAUCAAAGAUCAUUUGCAGAAACGGCAAGGCGUUCCCGCCAAGAGCCGCUUACCGGGCUACCUGGACAAAAUGUUGAAAAGACGCAUCCUGAACUUCCUCACCGAGAGCGGCUGGAUAUCUCGAGAUGCCGCGUAACAUUCCACGCUUCUUUUCUAGUGUUUUCUACUAAGUACACAGGACGGUGAAUCUCAAUCCCCGGGUCCUUUCUCAUAGGAAUGUAAAUGUGGUGAAAGAAAAAAAAAACGACUACAAUUUUGAUAUUGGUUCAAAGGAAUAAAUCUGUAUAUACAUAUAUAUAUUUUUGCUAUUAAGAAAUCUUUUUUUUUUUUGGAAUGGGAGGAUUGUGUGUUCUAUUAAUAGUGCAUAUAAGCAACAUUCAGAAUCCUCUUAAAAUGUGAUUUUUUUUUUCUUUCUUUCUGAGAAUAGCCAGAACCUCAUAGAGACUUUCUUGUAAUCUUGGAUUCUUCUUGUUUGGGCGAUUGGACAGCAGUCUUACCUUUAACUUAUAGUUUGCCAUUAAAGACCUUUUCCUUGUGACUCUAGAAUCCUUAACGUGGCUCUAGAAUGAUUUAGAAACUGCUCUGUGGUUUUAGAGGUGGUUCCCUAAACAUCACUGUGAUGACAAAAUCAUUGGUGUGCCUCUGGAGUGAUGAUGGUCCAGGAAUCGGGUAGUGGUGAUCUUCUCCCUGCUGAGGCUUUAGGCUCUUCACUGUGGUUCAUGAAUCUUCAGAGAUCUUGAAAGAAAAAAAAAAAAAAAGUUAGAAGAAGAAGUAGCAGCCCAGUAUCGGAGUAAUUCCAGAAUAUUCCGUGUGGUUCUAGAAUCCUCGGAGCAAUGAUGGUUCAAGAAUGAUUUGAGAAAUCCGAGAGGUUCUAUAGUUCAAGGAUUCUCCAUAUUCUAACAGGCCAUUGGGUCUAGGCAUGGUUCUGGAAUAUUUGCUCUGGUUCUAGAAUCAGCAGAAGGAUGAGCUUCCUGGCUGUGGUUCUAGUGGGUCAUGUAUCUCCGGCAUGGUUCUACAAUCCUUGCCAUGACUCCAGAAUGCUCGGCAAAGUAAUCUUCAAGCUUAAUGCCAUGGUUCUAGAGUCUUUAGUAAACCACCCUGCUGUGACUCUAGAGCCUUCUCUGUGGUUCCAGAAUGUUCUGAGUGAUAUUCUGCAAAAUCAGUCAGAAAUCAUACUCCUUAGAGUGAUGAUGGUUCUAGUAUCUUUGCUGUGGUUCUAGGAUUCACUAUAUUUUUGUUUGUUUGUUUUUGGACUCUUCAGGGUAGUUCUUUAAGGCACAGCAUAGUUCUAGAAUCUUCAGUGUGGGUUCCAGAACCAGCGGUUUGGCUCUAGAGUCCCCAAAAAAACAUGCUUUCUCUUCCCGGAAACGUUUCUGUUUGUGUUCAGUUGUUGCACUUCCUGUUUAAUUUUGGUUACAGUGGGUUGAUUUUUAGACUUCUUGGAAUAAUUUUACUGAUAUUUCAUGUGAUGCUGCACAGGUUUUUGUUCAGAAGUUUCACAGCCUAGCAGAAGCUUUCUGAUAUUCCAGACAUGCGAUAUGUUAUCAUAGACUGUUUCUUUUAGAAUGUUGGAGAGGCAACAUUUUUGGGCCUUGUCCUGUUUAAAAGACCAAAGCAAUUUGAAAAUUUCAGUCUUCUGAGGUUCCUUAUUUGGAACAAGCAAGAAAGCAGCACUCUCUAGGAGGACAAUCCCAUAAUCCUGUUUACUGGACAAGAGUGAGACAGGUAUAAUUUAUUUUAUAUCUAUUAAAAUGAAUAUUGCAAACCGUGAUAAAUGAUUGGCCGGGGCCAAGACAUGAACAAGCCUAGUACACUUAUUCCCUUGGUACACUUCUUUAACAGUGUGCCUGCUGAUAUGACUUUGGAGCUGAAUCUAGUGCUUACAUCACCAAAUUCCUCCUAUGGCCUUCCCAACAUGGUUCAUCCAUCUUCUCUGUGGUUGUGCAACCUUCAGAGUGACACUGAUCUCUGCAGAGUAACUCUAGAUUCUUUGCUGUGGUUCUACAGUCUCUCCAGUCUGCUACUAGAACGUUCACUGUGCUUCUGGGUGAUGGCGGUUUUCCCAGCACAGUUCUAGAAACAGCAGAACAUUGUCUCCUCAGCGCUGUUUUGAAAACUUCGCUGUAGUUCUACAAUCCUUACCUUAGUCUCUGUUCUAGAACUGUCACUGCGACUGGGCUGAUGAUGGUCCCCACAGCAUGACUCAACAAACUUGACUGCGGUUCCUCAGAGUGACAUUAUUCACACUGGUGAUGAUCUGAGAUGAUGAGAAGGUGUUCUAGAUUCUUCUAAAAUCUUCACUUUUUUCCUGUUGGGGGUUCUACAAUCUUCACUGACUGAUGAUGGCCUCCCUGCUUAGUGUGGUUCUUGAAUUUUAUAAUGUGGUUCUAGGACCCUCAGAGUCUCAGUAUCCUCCCUGCAGAUCUGGAAUCCUCCUGGUGAUGAAAGUCUUUAGAGUCUGAAUAUUUGAGAACCACAACAAAGAUGGUUAGAGUGAUGGUCUUUCCAAGUGUGGUUAUAGAAGGUUCUCCAGUUCACAGGGGGAUUAUUGUCUUCCUCUUGCGAUUCCAGAGGUUUUGUUUGUGUGUGU